UCCACCCAUCCACAUCCUUUAUCAUCCCAUCACCUGUCAUCCUUCCAACACUACUAAGUACUACUUGCUCUCCUCCAGCCUCUCCAUCUUAUAUACUCUCCUCUCCCUACAGACACCUUCGCAGAUCGCGCAUCCCCUCCGAUCCCUCCCCUUCUCCCUCCAACAUCCACACUGUCUCGAUUCAGCUUCGAUCACAUUUAUCAGUAUCUUGUUUCACUACUCUCCCCAACCUACCAUAACCGGCCCAUCCCUUUCCUUCCCUUCAUUUCAUAUAUCACCCUCUACCUUUCAUUCUUCACUCUCAUCUGUGCAGCUUCACUCAUUCUCGUCAACAAGAUGAGUACCGCCAAGAUGCUUCAGAGUAAACUGUUUGGUGCCGCAGGGACCGUCGCUUCUACUCUCAGCGGUGAUGAAACUCCGACUUCUGCCUCUCCAAACCCUAACACUGGUUCAAAUCCAGAAUUGAGGAUCGAUAUACCCCCACCAACUGGUGCCCCAGUCAGAGAAAAGGACAAUCUGCCUAAAAAAGCCGUUGAGGAGACACCCCAACCGCCUCAGACUAACUCUCCCCAUCCGUCCCACGACGGAAGUGACACGAACACACCUCACUCGCAGACUCCGAAAAACGACUUGGACCGACCCCUGCGAGAACGACUGCAACAGAAUCUUGGGCCGCGAUACCGCUCGGUGGAAGAAUAUAGACUGGAUCAGUCGGACAGAUACGAUGUUCAUUGGAAGAGAUGGGGUCCAUAUCUGUCUGAAAGACAAUGGGGUACUGUGAGAGAGGACUACUCAGCCAAUGGCGACGCUUGGAACUCCUUUCCAUUUGAGAUGUCCAAGAGUAGGGCUUACAGAUGGGGUGAGGAUGGCAUAGCCGGUAUCUCUGACAACCAUCAGCGCUUGUGCUUCUCCCUCGCACUCUGGAACGGCAAAGAUGAGAUCCUCAAAGAACGCUUGUACGGUCUCAACGGCGGUCAAGGCAAUCACGGUGAAGAUGUCAAGGAACUCUACUACUAUCUCGAUUCGACGCCCACGCAUUCUUACAUGAAAUACCUUUACAAAUAUCCACAGGCUCCAUAUCCCUACGAACAACUCAAACAAGAAAGUCAAAAUCGUAGUCGCGAAGUCAACGAGUUUGAACUCAUGGACACGGACGUCUUUGACGAGGAUCGAUACUGGGAUGUGUUUGUCGAGUACGCCAAAGAUGAAGAAGACGCCGACGCCUUGUCAAUCCGCAUUACUGCUUACAACCGCGGACCCGACCCAGCAGAUCUGCACAUUCUGCCCCAGCUCUUCUUCCGCAACACGUGGUCUUGGCCAAAAGAGCUCCCCGAGAAUAUGCCAGUCCUCCGACAAGAAUCGGACGGCAUUGUUGAGGCGACUCACGAGACACUGGGCAUGACCAAACUGUACUGCACGCCUAGUCCUGCCCCUGCUGCCCCUGCCAAAGGCGGCGUGGUAUUGGUCGAUGGGCCCAGUAUCGUUCCUGACCUUCUCUUCUGUGACAAUGAGACCAAUUAUGAGCGUCUGUACCAUGGCAAGAACAGAACACCUUACGUCAAGGACGCGUUCUACGACCACAUCAUCCCUUCGCACCGACCUGCCGAGCCUGAACCUGAGCGAUCAGUCAAUGGACUGGUGACAAAGUCUCCGACAUCUGUCAAGAACCUGAAACUUCCUGAUGGUACACCUGCGUUCUCUCCCAAGACUGAAAGCGACGAGAAAUCCGUAGGCAAUGGCGAUGCAGAGGAGAAAGCCAACGGGGUGAAUGGCCACGCAAAUGGGCAUGUCGAGAGUCUCGUUGAGCCACCGCCCCGCCCCAUUCACCCUGGCGGCGGACGCUGCUUUGUAAAUCCCGAAAAGACCGGAACAAAGGCUGGAGCUCAUUACGUCUUCAAUGCCGUGCCUGGUAAAGGUGGUUGUGUGGUGGUUCGACUCAAGAUGACUCCUCAUUCCAUCGAGGAAGAUCCGAGCAUUCUCGACGAGGAGCUGUUUGACGACAAUAUCGAAGCACGCCGACAAGAUUGCGAUGAGUUCUACGAGUGUAUCGCCAGAGGCUCUCUCUCUCCCGACUUACGAAAUAUCAUGCGUCAAGCCUUGUCUGGAAUGCUAUGGACCAAGCAAUAUUAUCAGUAUAUCCAGAAGGACUGGAUCGAGGGCGAUCCAGGUCAGCCUGCGCCCCCUCCGGAAAGGAAAUGGGUGCGGAAUACCGCAUGGCGUCAUUUGUACAUCAACGACAUUUUGUCUAUGCCCGACAAGUGGGAGUAUCCUUGGUUUGCCACCUGGGACACGGCCUUUCACUGUAUUCCUCUUGCCAUGGUCGAUCCGUCUUUCGCCAAGAAACAGCUGGAUCUGAUGACGCGAGAAUGGUACAUGAAGCCUGAUGGGGCUUUGCCCGCUUACGAGUGGAACUUCUCUGAUGUGAACCCACCUGUGCACGCCUGGGCGACGUUUAGAGUGUUCAAGAUUGAACGAAAGAUGUUUGGUAGGGAGGACUUGGACUUUCUGGAGCGAGUCUUCCAAAAGUUGCUUCUGAACUUCACUUGGUGGGUGAACAGGAAAGAUUCCGAUGGCAACAAUGUCUUCGAGGGUGGUUUUUUGGGUCUGGACAACAUCGGACCGUUCAAUCGUUCUGAACCAUUGCCGACCGGGGGUCAGCUCCUCCAGGCGGAUGGCACGGCGUGGAUGGCCUUCUUUUGUCUCAACAUGCUGAGUAUCGCUCUGGAGUUAGCCAAGCACAAUCCAACAUAUGAAGAUAUGGCUUCCAAGUUCUUUGAACAUUUCCUGUUCAUUUCCGACGCUAUGACCUACACCACUGGCGACCAGCCUUUCUCAUUGUGGAACGAAGAGGACGGAUUCUACUAUGACGCCAUUCAGUGGGGCCAUGACCAUUCGCAGCAGCUCCCUGUCAGAAGCAUGGUUGGACUCAUGCCACUCUAUGCUACCCUCGUACUGGAGCCACAAGUCAUCAAAAGGUUCCCAGGUUUUAAGAAACGCAUGGAUUGGUUUAUUGAAAACCGUCCCGAGAUCUCGAACAGAAAUAUGGCCAACAUUCGCGAAAAAGGUAGAGGAGACCGGAAGCUGCUGGCAUUGGCAUCGAAGGAACGUUUGGUCAAGAUUCUUGAAAAGAUGUUGGACGAGAAAGAGUUUCUGUCCGAUUAUGGAAUACGCUCGAUGUCAUUGUACCAUCACGAACACCCCUUCUCUAUGAACGUAAACGGUCAAGAGUUUGGAGUGCAAUACUGGCCUGGAGACUCAAAGUCCGGGAUGUUCGGAGGUAACUCGAAUUGGCGCGGACCGAUUUGGCUAGCUGUCAACUUUUUGUUGAUUGAGAGUCUGCAGAGGUUCCACCAGUAUUACGGUGAGACUUUGCAGGUGGAAUGUCCGACUGGCAGUGGGGAUUAUAUGACCCUGGCUCAAUGUGCCGAAGAGAUUCAACAUCGUAUCAUUCAUAUCUUCUCCCGGGAUGAAGCGGGUCGACGAGCGGUCAACGGCGGCAAUCCCAAGUUGAAUCGCGAUCCUCAUUUCCGAGAUUAUGUUCAUUUCUUUGAGUUCUUCCAUGGAAACGAGGGUCGUGGUCUUGGGGCUUCGCAUCAGACCGGAUGGACGGGUUUGGUCGCUUGGAGUAUCAUGCAGACUGGAGAAUUCUGCCGAUUGCCCAAGACGCCUCGAACUCCCCGCUCUGUCGCAAAGCACUACUUUGACGAACACAUCAACACGCCCAGCGAGUUUGCAGAAGACGGGUCGCUGUAUUCUGCAUAUUCGAUGCACUCUGAGUGGGAGCCAGAGCCAGACGAGCUAUGAGCCUUGUGUUUUCGUCUUUCUUCUCUACUUAUCCAUGUCCCAAGGUUUGGUGUCAAUACAAUAUACGACUGUGCGGGAAGAUCAUUGUUUGCAAGAUUGGAUUUAGAUGACGCGUCAUGCAUAUGUCUUCAUGUCUCUCU